AUGAAGUGUUCCGGUUGUUUUAAGACCUGCGCCAUCGCUAGCUGCAUGCGAUGCACUGUCUCACCGUGUGAAAAAGUAUUCUGUAGUCAGUGUGUCAACCCCGCCUUAUUAUCGCUAGAUCGAAAGAAGGGCUGGAAAUGCCCCGACUGCAGCGCUGCGCAAAAAAAGGGAGGGGAUAACAGUACGACCCCGAUCCGUUCCGUUAACGAGGACCAGAGCAUUACUAUGCGUAAAAAAGAAACUUCGAGUAAUUCGUCACAAAAUGAUAUAAAAGAGCUAGUUUCUGAAGUAAAAUCUUUAACAAAGGAAAUUCAAGAAUUAAAGAACCGGCUGGAACAAUCGUCGUCGUCUCUUGACCGCUGCCAUGAAAGGCUUGACGAAUUAGUGAACGCUCAGAGAAGCUCCGAUGCCCGUUUGGAACGUAUCGAGCAGAGGGGUGAAAGCUGGGCUGUUAAACUUCAAGCGUUUGAACGUACAGUUGCAGAUGGACAGGCAGAGCUGGCCGUGAUGAAGGCGGAAAACUCACAACUUCGUGAGGAACUUGAAAAAGAUAAACAGAGCGCCGAUUUCAUUUCUGACCAGCACGACGAACUCAAGAAAACAGUAAAUGAGCGCACAAGUCAACCUAUAGACCUCAUCCAAUCAGAAAGCUUCAAAACAUCAAUUGAACUAAAAAUUGACGCCUUAGAACAGCAGGCAAGACAGUGCAAUCUCGAAAUUCAAAAUCUCCCAGAGAAAAAAGACGAGAAUCUUGUUAAUUUGUUGGUAACUCUAGGUGAGAAGAUAAGAUGUAGCAUUAAUCGUAGUGAUGUAAUUAGCAUAAGUCGUGUGCGACCCGCAAUGGAGAGCAACAAACCGAAGCAUAUUGUUGUGAAGCUCAGCUCGCGGGUACUACGGGAUAACGUUCUAGCUGCCUAUCGCACCAAGAGAGGCCUGACAUCCACGGAGCUGGGCGUGUCCGGGCCACAACACACGUUAUACGUCAAUGAGCACUUAACACUUCGCAGAAAGAAGCUUUUUCGGGCAGUGCGGGAAGCAGCGAAACAAGCGAAGUACAAGUACACGUGGAUUUCUAACGCAACAAUUCUCGUACGCAAAACAGACACGUCACCAACAAUUGCAAUUCACACAGAUAAUGACAUUAGAAAAAUCAAAGGUGAUGCUGCACCCACCUCGAAUACUAGUUGACAUAUCAUUUAGCACUUGCCACUU